GCUGACACAUUUUGGUAGCCCGACUGGAAAACACAAUAGCCCCGGGACAUCACGCUAGCGAUUUUGCGAGCCCCGAGUAUUGAAACAACAGUAUCCACCUUAUUUUUCCCAUAAGAGCGGGUGCAGCCACUUGUAAAUUUUUUGUGUCUGGCUUUCGGUCUCAUCCACUUCCAGCUAUUUUUAGCUGCACAAAAAGCUUGUUUUGCUGCUUGACAUUGCAAACUGGUGUGUCUUACCAUAUUACUUUAAUGCAUUAUGUUAAUGAACACACUGGUUUGUAGUGCAAACUGUUAAACCAUUUACUGCACUUCGAUAUUCUUCUUGUUAUUUCCCUAUGGCGGAUUAUUAUACACAUUACCAGAAAACAGCUCACUUCCGCAUUGAAAAAUAAGGUGGAUAAAAACAGGAACACUGAGACAAAUAAAGCCAGCCACAUGAAACAUUAUGAAUAAAAAAUUACAACAUAACUGUAUUCUCCUUCAGGACUCCUGUCAUUAACUCUGAGUGACUCGGAGGCGUCAGAACAGCAAGAGUAUGUUUUGAUCCAAGAGUCUAUGUCGUGGGAAAAUGCACAGACUUACUGCAGGACAAACCACACUGACCUCGCCACCGUUCAGAGUAAUGAAAACUGGACGAGGCUGCAAGAAGCUGCGGAUGAAAAAGCCCAUUCUAGCUUUGCCUGGAUUGGACUGUACAGGAACAUUAACAACUGGUGCUGGUCUUAUGAGGAGGAGAGUCUGGUGUUCCAGUCCUGGGGUUCGGGCUACCCGGUUAACGACGCUUAUGGAAAGGAUUGUGUCGGGAUGUAUUAUGAUAGAACCUGGUUUAAUUACCUCUGCACAGAUUUAUAUUAUUUUGUGUGUUACAAUGAAAGUACAAACGCAACACAGAAAAUGGUUUUGUUUAAUACUCAGAAGACAUGGCUAGAUGCUCAGACGUUCUGCAGAGAACAUUACACAGACCUGGCUACCAUUAGGAGUCAAGAUGACAACGACCAGAUAAUCAACUUGAUAAAAUAUCUAUCGAAUCCAGUCUGGAUCGGAUUGUACAGGGAGACUUGGAAGUGGUCAAAUCAGGCCAAUAUUACUUACUCAACCAAACUCACUAUUCAGACAUUUAGCAGCCAAAACUGUGCUGGUGCAAAUAUUAAUCAACGUACUAUUUCUGAUAGCUCGUGCGCUACGGAAAACUACUUCUACUGUAGCACAGUCAGGAUGAAGAGGCAGGUGAUCCGAGUGCAGGUGAAAUCCGGUCAGAAUGUGGAUGAAGCUACACUGAAGGCGCUCGUCUUAAACGAGUUGAAGCAGAUGCUGAACAAUGAGGACGUCACACUGACAUGGAGGACGCAACCCAACGGGAAAGUCUUCCAGAAGGACAAGACUGUACGGAAACAUAGCGAAACCAACACUACUGUUUGUCCUUCUUUUAAAUAAUUUAAGCUAAAUUUCACUUCAAUUUAUUCUUAAUUACAAAUAUCUAAAUUAUUAUAUUAACAAUUUGGUAACAGUUUUUAAGGUUUUAUUACUUAAUCCACAAUGUUUCCUGCGACGGAAACAUCAUUAAUAAAUUUUUUUUGAUACUUUUUGCAUUUUGGCAGUGUGCGGGAUUUCUUUCAGUUUUGACCUUUUUGGUCUUGAUCCUUAUGCACCUACAGGUGUGCGGAGUUUAAUUGUUAAUUGACUUAAGGUUUUAUUAGUUAACAUGAACUGAGACUGAAGUACUUUUACAGCAUAUAUUAUCUUCAUGAGUUCAUGUUAAUUUUAACCUUUACUAAAUUACUAUUAACAUCACAAGUUAACAAUGAGUGACUGUAUUUUUUAUUAACUAACAUUAACUAAUGGAACCUUGUUGUAAAGUGUUACCACCAAUUUAUAGUAAAUCAAAAAACAGUUAUAUUUGUAACCCCUC